GAUGUGCCUACCUCAGCAAUCAACAGAUAUUUACAAAUUGAUUGCCUGCCUUGUGCAUUUCCUUUCAAAGUUAAUGGAUUUCCAGAGGAGCGCCCCGUUGGUCUUUCGCAGCAAAACCAACAAAGAGUAUAGUGCCACCUUUAAAGAUAAAAUUAAUAAAGUGGCUUGUCACAUAACGGCCCAUCACAAAGCCAUCUACGGCUGCAAUCCUAACCGUGGUCUACGAAGAAGUUCAACAAUAAGCAGCAGCAGAUCUCAUUGGGACGCUUUCCUUGGACUCCUUUAAUUCAUCUAAUCUGCACCGCACUCUUUUCGCUGGGAAUGGCCAAAGGGGGGAAAAAUCCCAAGGGGAAAAAGGUCACCUUGAAAGUUGCUAAGAACUGCAUCAAGAUCACAUUUGACGGGAAACGUCGCCUUGAUCUUAGCAAGAUGGGCAUCACCACUUUUCCCAGGUGCAUCUUGAAGCUGAACGAUGUGGACGAACUGGACCUCAGCAGAAACAUGCUCAAGAAGAUCCCAGACUCAAUUGACAAGUUCACGAACCUGCGCUGGCUGGACUUGCACAGCAACCAGAUUGAGAAGCUGCCAGAAACAAUAGGGAACCUACAGGGUCUCAUUUUCCUGAAUCUUUGCAACAACAAGCUAACGGCCCGGAGCUUGCCCAUGGAGCUAAACCAGCUCAAGAUCUUGCGUAAUCUCAAUCUUGGCCUCAACCACAUCGACAACCUCCCAACCACUCUGGGGCAACUGAAGGAGCUCCAGGAAGUUGGCGUAUUUGACAAUUUACUGAAGAGCAUCCCAAACAGCAUUGCAAAGCUCCCUAAACUCAAGAAGUUGAAUUCCAAGCGGAAUCCCUUUCCUGGGCCCACAGAAGAGGAGCUCUACAUUGACCACAUUAAGCGCCUCGAGACACUCUACGUGGUGGAAGAAAAAGAUCUUUGCUACCCAUGCUUGAGGAAGUGUCAAGAAGAGAGGGACAAGCUGAACAAACUGAAGAACACUGCGCCUGCCCCACUCAGAAAGCCAAACUUUUCGAGCCUCAUGACACCCAAUUCUACAGCAAAGGAGAACCAGGCAGAUUGGAGGUGAAUGGGCUACCAACCAUCACCGAUGGAUGCACGGCCAAUAGCGAGGUAGAGGCAAGGCACAGUGUGGCCCCUUUGCAUCCAGUCAUUGUAAUCUGUCCCCAAGCAAUAAAAGUGCUCUUGAUCACAUAGCUCUGCACCCACUAAAAGAGGUUCUCCACUACUACUAAGCAUGUGUCAGUCCACCAAACAGAAAACAAUAUACACAUAUUGCCAGGCUUGGAGCCCUGAUCCAUAAACCUGCUGGCCACUCUGACCCAUGGCAAGAGCAGCUCUUCAAUUUGGGGCUAGAGGAAUGUGCAGGGAUCAUCACCACAGUUGCGCUGAGCUUCAGAUAUUCAGCACUACUAUGGAGAAGACCCUUGCCUGUCCAAGAAGAAGAGGGGUGGGACUGUUUGGGCACUGGGUGGAAGAAGUACUUCAAGAGUUUGCCUGUCCACUGCUAAAGCAAAACCCAACUUUCCCUUUUAGCUUAGAGAGAAUAGUGAGGGUUGAUGUUUUGUGGUUGGGUGGUGGAGCCUGAAUACUUUCCUACUCAGCCCCCAAAUAAGCCCAACCUAUUUCUCUAGUUCUGGAGAGGGUGGCUUUUUGGGUACUUGGCAGCAGAGGUGUUGGCAGUGCCUCGCCACCCAUGACCAAAGCAAACUGCUGGUCCUCUCCUCCAGCUCUGACACCCAUCCCUCUCUCCAGCUCCAAACUUAGCAGAUAGGGGACGGGGAGUAGAGGAUACAGCACAAGAUAUUAUGGGCUGUCCCGUGAAUCCGCUGGAUGAAAUAGCGGAAGAACGUUGCCUCAGGAGAGUGAGGAAAAUUCUCAGGGAUGAUUCACACCCUGGCCGGCACUUUCUUGAUCUCCUGCCCUCAGGCAGAAGAUAUAGAAGCAUAAUUAGUCGCGCCAACAGGGUAAAGAACAGCUUCUAUCCGUGGGCUGUUAGGCUGCUGAAUGAAAAGAUAACAACAGGGCAACUGACUUCCGGGUUUGGUUGGUGUGCGUCAGUAAACGAGGGGAAUGAAGACUAAGAGAGCUGAGUGGGGGGUGCUCGUGUAAUCUCACUGUAUACAAGUUGUACAAGUGACAAUAAAGUAUUUCAAUAUUGCCCCCGAUCUCAUGUACAGGUGCAGGGUAAGUUCAAGAAGAGAAAGAGCAGCGAAUUUUGUCCUGGCAACCAAAACCAGCCCCAAAUUGUCGAUCGUUGGCCUUGAUUGCGCAACACCACAAAAAAAAAUAUAGGCAUAUGACCAUUGUCCAAAUGCAUGAUCUCUCGAAAUAACUCAUUUGCCCAAACCAUAUAUCUUUUGCAUUUAACAUAUAGUAGCAUACAGGCAUGUAGAGUCCAGCAUGUGUAAGUCUGAUAAUCUGUGCCCUGGAUCCUCUUGUUUGUUGCAAGGUACACACAUCAUUGGCUUACAUGGUGUGUUGCAAACACACAUCAUUGGCUUACACACAGUGAACCCUACCAUGCAAUGGGUACAGCUCACCUUAAAAGAAGCUGCUAUCAGGAUAGUGAGGGGGAGAGAGAGGGAAAUAUAUAUAUAAAACAAACAUGCUCAGGCACAUU